AUGAGCUUCACCCAGCUCUCACUACCACAUAACGACACCGUACCCGAGUUCGCCAAAAAGCGGAAAGACUCGAGAUUUCAGGUGUCUUUGACAGCAAAUGGAGGUGAAGAUUCGGGCACUGAGGAGCUGCAAGAUCAUCAGGGAAUCCGGAAGAAUAAGAGUGUCUCCGAGCCACCACCGCCGAUUCGAUCGAUCCAGGAAAGGAAAGCCAGCUCGACUGGGAGAUUUGUGGUAAACGGCGGCUCCGAAAGUCACUCGGAUGGCAAGGACGAGUCGACGCCUGAGGACGACGAAGCGCCGGUGAUGGGCAUGCGUCGUGGCGUUCACUUUUCCGUCGGCGACAAAAACGACGAAAACCCGGACCACAAAAUGACCACUCAUGAAGAAAGAGAGGGACAGCACACAUUCAAUUUGAAGAGCUGGAGAAACAUGAAAACGAUCGAGCAUCCACCGAUCAUCGAUUUCUAUCGGGACUCGAUUGAUGUCGUUGACGUGAAUCGACCCUCGAUGGCUCAGCUCAUUCAUGGUCAAAAAACGAUCAAUGAGGAGAUUCUGGAAAUCGACGAGUUCAGGGCUCAAGCUUACGAUAUGAUUGAUCAAGGUGGACCGCCACCAAAACCCGAGAAAAUCGAGAAGUUAGCCCCGCCACCAUCAGCGCCAAGAACGAAAUUCGGCUGGGUUGAGGGCGUUUUCGUGCGCUGUAUUCUGAAUAUUUUCGGUGUCAUGCUCUACUUGAGAAUCUCGUGGGUGACCGGCCAAGCUGGAGUUUUGCUCGGCAUCGUCAUCGUCCUUUUAGCCUCGAUGGUCACGACGAUUACCGCAAUUUCGACGUGCGCCAUUUGCACGAAUGGCGAAGUGAAAGGAGGAGGCGCGUACUUUUUGAUCUCGCGCUCACUUGGCCCGGAAUUUGGCGGCUCGAUUGGGUUGAUUUUUUGUGUCGCAAAUGGGGUAGCCGCCUCAAUGUAUGUUGUCGGUUUUGCUGAAACGAUUCGGGAUAUGUUAGUUGAGAUCUCCUAUUCAAGCAAUGAGACAAAGACGUUUCUCGUGGAGCAUUUUGGGCCAAUCGAGGAUGGAUUACCGAAUUUCGUUCGACUCAUCGGAAUUGCGUCUUGCCUCCUCCUGCUGGCCAUUGUCUUCAUCGGCACGUCGUUUGAAUCGAAAAUGCAGAUGGGCUUAUUGGUGAUUCUGCUCUCGUCGAUUCUCGACUAUUUUGCCGGUGUUUUGUUCCGUCCAAUCAGUGAUCAUAUGCACGUUCGUGGAGCGACCACUUUCAGUUGGAACACGUUGAUGGCGAAUCUGAUGCCGAAAUUCCGGAAUGAAACCUUUUUCUCAGUGUUCUCCGUCUAUUUCCCUGCCGCAACAGGCAUCAUGGCCGGCGCAAACAUUUCUGGAGAUCUAGCUGAUCCGCAGGGCGCGAUCCCCCUCGGCACCCUUCUUGCCAUCCUUUUCACCACAAUUAUCUACCUCGUAGUCGUCAUUUUCACUGGCAUCACGAAUGUUAGAGAUGCUGACGGCCUGCUUGCUCCAUUAUUCGACGCGGCUGGCGAGUUUAUCGCCCCAAAUUGCACUCAAUCCGCUGAAGGUUGUCGCUACGGGUUGAUGAACUAUUAUCAAGUCGUCGAAAUGGGGUCGAUGUGGGGGCCGCUGAUCACCGCCGGCAUCUUCGCGGCCACACUCUCCAGCGCCCUAGCCAGUUUGGUCUCGGCACCGAAAGUCUUUCAGGCAGUGUGCAAGGAUCGCCUUUUUCCGAAAAUCGACUUUUUCGCUAAAGGCUAUGGGAAAGAUGAUGAGCCGAGACGAGCCUACGCGCUCGUGGGAAUUCUCGCGUUGGCUGUGAUCAUGAUUGGUGACCUAAACGCCAUUGCGCCGAUCAUCUCGAACUUUUUCCUUGCCUCGUACGCGCUGCUCAACUACGCCUGCUUUGAUGCCUCGUUCGCCGAUUCGCCAGGUUUCCGUCCCGGCUUCAAGUACUAUAGCAUGUGGAUUUCGUUAGCCGGCUCGAUUCUCUGCAUUUGCGUCAUGUUUCUCGUGAGCUGGGCAACCGCUCUGCUCACCUUUUUCUUCUUCGCCAUCCUCUUUUUAUAUCUAUUGCAUCGAAAACCGGAUGUGAAUUGGGGCAGCUCUACCCAGGCGCAUUCCUACAAAAACGCGCUUUCGUCAAUGGUGAAAUUGGUGAAUACGGAGGAACACGUGAAAAAUUAUCGGCCGCAACUUCUUGUUUUGACUGGAAAUCCGGCGGCAAGACCGUCACUCGUUGAUUUUGUUGAGAAUAUCACGAAAGGGACAAGCCUAAUGGUUUGUGGAUAUGUGGUGCCGUACGCACCAUGUGAUCGCGUCUAUUCAGUGCUUCGGAAACUCGAUCGUCAACUAAACGAUUGGUUGAAGAAGAAAAAAGUGAAAGCUUUCUACACGUCGAUUGCCAGCCCGUCGCUUAGAGAUGGAGUACGAUCGUUGUACCAAACAGCUGGUUUGGGCCGUUUACGUCCGAACAUUGUCAUCCUUGGCUUCAAAGCGAAUUGGGCGUCAAAAAUCGACUCGAUGUCACAGAAAAUCCAUGAGAUUAAUGACUAUUUUGGGGUGAUACAAGACGCUUUUGAUUGUCAUAUGGGUGUUGGCGUUCUCCGAAAUCCGGGUUUCGGUCUCGAUUUCUCGGAAAACAUGAAAAUCCUCAAUCCACCGAAAUUUGAAGAAAAAGAUGGGAAAAAGAAAGAAAAAGAGAACAACAACGGGAAAGAUAGCUUCUCGAAGCUCAUCGACGCUGAAACACCGCGCUCCCCGUCCGCCACCGCCUUUGACACCCAUCGGAGUGAAAGCGAUGUGAAGAUCAAUAUCGACAUUGAUCCAAAAAGUGAUGACCCUUGCGAUCAGGAACACGAGGAAAUCGUCGAUCACCCUGACGACACCAACUCUACCCUCUUGCGCGCAUCGCAGAGGUCGCGUAGCGCUCGCUCGAUGGAUAGAUUUUACAAAACCCAUCAAAAAAUUGUCGAGGCUUCUGGCUCGUUUGCCGAGAAUUUCCCAUUCGAUUUCGAUUUGGAUGAUUCUGAAGACGACGUGGAACAGAGGGAUUCCGAUGAUGAGCACGAGCAAUUGAAUGAGCAACAGAAUAGAGCACAUCGCACCAAAGAUGACGUGGAGCGCGGCGAGCAAACGCUAAGAGAAGUGCGGAACACGUUGUCGAUGCGGAGGAGGGGGAGUCGUCGAGCAACCGUCGAGCAAAAAGCUCUCCUCUCCUCGAUCUCUAGAUUUAAUAGAAAGGUCCGCCGCGGCGUGAUCGACGUUUGGUGGCUGUACGACGAUGGAGGACUCACGCUGCUCGUGCCCCACCUCUUGACCAUUCCCAAAUCGUAUCUCGAGGGCGCAAAAUUGCGGGUGUUCUCGAUUUCGACGUCAUCGCGCACGAUGGAGGCCGAACAGCGCGGCAUGGUGGCAUUGCUGACGAAAUUUCGAAUCGAUUUCUCGGAUGUUUCGGUGAUCGCGGACGUUGGUCGGAAACCGAAAGCGGAAACGAUCGCCGCUUGGGAAAGACUGAUCACGCCUUUUGUUGUGCCCGAUGGGGACGAGAAUUCGGAGGGAAUGAUCACUGAAUCAGAGCUGAGCUCACAACGGGAGAAGACUUGCCGUCAGCUGCGUAUCGGCGAGCUCCUGCAAGAGCACUCAAAAGAGGCCGAUCUGGUCGUGAUGACGCUGCCAGUUCCUCGAAAGGGUCUCGUCUCGGCUCCGCUCUAUCUUUCUUGGUUGGACAUUAUGACCAGAGGCUUACCGCCAACGCUGAUGAUCCGCGGAAAUCAGCAAUCCGUUUUGACGUUCUACUCG